AUGAGCUCGCUAGCAAGUGAUUACAAGCGUCAAAUAUUUGAGAACAAGGAGAUCUAUUAUGAUGGGGCAGCAUGCGACAGUAUGUGGGCAAAGGCAGCGACACGAAAACUUUGGAUCAAGAAUUUCAUCGAGAUGAAGACAUUUGCCAAAGCAAAGGAGCAGUUUGAUUUCUGGAGGCGCAUGCAAGGAACCGAGUCGUCUCGCACUCGGAAAUUUGCGCAGCCAGCAUACCAAGUUGAGUUUGGUGAGCACACUCUGAAGCUCUAUCACGGUUUGGAUACCCCACAGCAAACCAUGCUUUUAGGAAUGCGCACUGGCAACAUUGCCGUCAAAUCCAAUCCAGUCUUCCGUUAUCACCUGAAGACUACGGACAUGAGUUGUCCACACUGUGGAUACAUUCCUCACACUAUCAAGCACAUGCUAUGCGCCUGUCCAGCCCUAAAUAGGGUGAGAACACACCUAACGGGAGCCGCUGAUCAUAACAACUUCGAUACCUUCAUGAAUCGUGACACUGGACUUGCUACAUCAUGGGCCAUUGCGUACAUGGCUAUACCUCAUUUCGAUUCGGUCAAAAACAAGGAGAAGUAUCAAUUUCCCCGGAAGCAGAAGGUCAGAUUAAGCAGCAACUACCGCGCACCCAUCCUCCGCUCCACCAAUCGACACCGUCACGCCCGCAACCCAUCGAUACCGUCACGCAGCGUCGACACGAGCGACACGGUGAGUCAUUGGCACUUGCCAAACAAUAUCAUUCCACCAGUCUAA